GUGGACAUGCGUGCGAGGGCGCUCAGCGACCAGUUCACGAACGAGGCGGCCAAGAUCACAAAGGAGCACGUCGAGGAUAUCCACCAGGGCGUCAUCGGCCUCCACGAGCAGUUCCAGGGCAUGGACGCGCUGCAGCAAAACAUUGUCGACAUGGUCUACUACGCGCUCGCCAGCCAGGACGGCAUGGCCAAGAUGCUGUCGGACGCGGUGGAAAGUGAGUACCUAACAAUUCGGCACACAUGACGUCUCUCUAUACGCUAACGGUAGUUGGGGUAGUGUUCAACUACUAUAAGCGAAGCGAGGAGGAGGGGGAGGAGAAACGGGAAGAGCAUGCAGCUACAAGUACCAAUCCUAGGCGAGUGAGCUCUUCGGCUUCAGCCUCGGUUCUGGGGUCGCUGACCACGCCCGACACCAAGCUCGUGCAGCUGCAGUGGGUACUCGACGUGCAGCGCGGGCACGCGGCGCAGGACGUCAGCUUCGUCCGGCAGCAGGGGCAGGAGUUCGACGCCAAGUCCACGUCCGCCGGGGCGGCCAUUUUCCUCGACACCAGCUUCCAGCGGUGGAUGAGUGCCGACGUACCCGACCUUGUCUACGUCGAGGCCCGCCUGGAGCGCAUCUACGGCAAGACGUCGCCCAUUUCGUACUUUUGCGCGCAGCUGGUGCACAAGUUCAACGAGGCACCCCACACGACCGUCACGCUGUCCUUCUUCUGCGGGCAGCACGUUGCCGUCAAGGACGCCCUCCGGGGCCCGCGGGGCCUGAUGCGCAGCCUCAUCGCCCAGCUCCUCCGAGCCUGGCCCAAGGCCUGUCUCGACGACCUGGACCUGGCCGCGCUUGAGGGCCGCAACCACACCUGCAUCCCGGUUGCGGAGCUCUGCCUCAUGUUCAAACUCGUCGUCCGCCAGAUACCCUGUCACUACAACGUCAUAUGCAUCGUCGACGACGUCGGCCGGCUCGAGAUGGAUGAGUGGAGCAGCGAAUACUGGGCAGUCAUGGGCAUGCUCGAGGACUUGGUCAACGGGGCCGAGGCGGGUGUGCGGUUCAAGGUGCUGAUAACGAGUCCCGCGCGCAGUAGGUGGUUGCGCGGCGAUAAGGAGGUCCAGCCGCAUCACAGAGUCUUGGUAACGGACAGUGGGUUGCCGAUGGGAUUAAGAAUCUAAUUGGGCGAAGAAAUCAGGUUACGUCAUCCUCUCCGAGUUGACGGAUUUUGCUAUUAUCGGUAAGAUUGAUAGGCGUGACCCAGCUUCUGACUGACUCUCAUUUCC